CAUGGAUGCGGUUGAGGGUGAAGUGAACUCGCUGAAGCCGGUUUAGCUGGGUGGAUCUCCCAGCAGUGCGCAUUAACCGAGUGCUGUCAGCAUGGUGCAGCGUGAGCGGACUGCGGCUGGAGAGCAUCGUGUCCUCCGGUGCUGAUAGCACCACUGCGGCUGGGACUGGGCUUUAUACAGCGGGCAGUGCCACUGGGACUGGGCAUUAUUCAGCGGGUACUGAAAUAGGGACUGGGCUUUAUACAGCGGGCAGUGCCACUGGGACUGGGCAUUAUUCAGCGGGUACUGAAAUAGGGACUGGGCUUUAUACAGCGGGCAGUGCCACUGGGACUGGGCAUUAUUCAGCGGGUACUGAAAUAGGGACUGGGCUUUAUACAGCGGGCAGUGCCACUGGGACUGGGCAUUAUUCAGCGGGUACUGAAAUAGGGACUGGGCUUUAUACAGCGGGCAGUGCCACUGGGAUUGGGCAUUAUUCAGCGGGUACUGAAAUAGGGACUGGCCUUUAUACAGCGGGCAGUGCCACUGGGACUGGGCAUUAAACAGCUGGCAGUGCCACUAGGACUGGGUAUUACAGUGGGUACUGUCACUAGCACUGGGCAUUAUUCAGCGGGUACUGAAAUAGGGACUGGGUUUUAUACAGCUGGCAGUGCCACUAGCAUUGGGCUCUAUACAGUGGGCAUCACCAUAGGGAUUGUACUCUACAAAGCUGGCAGUGCUUCUAGGACUGGGUUCCACACAGUGGGCAUCACCAUAGGGACUGGGCUGUACACAGCUGGCAGUUCCUCCAGGACUGGGCUCAAUACAGUGGGCAUCACCACAGGGACUGGGCAUUGUACAUCAGGCAGGGGUUGUUAUAUGAAUAGAGUUAGCUGUAGGCAGCUGCUGAUUGCCGCCUGUGCCAGAGUACAUUAUAUGCCACCUCAGCUCCUCAUGCAGGAUCCUAUACCCGCAGAUUAGGGCACUACCAGCGCCUGGAGCAGGGGCCCCCAUUGUUUAUUGAACGUUGACCAAUAAAAGCCUUGAAAAUGACACUCUCCCAGAUCACCUUCCAAAUCAAAGGAAAAACAUUGCCAGAUCAAGUGAUUGCAUUGUGUGGAAAUCUUGAAGUCCUGGGUAACUGGAAUCCACAAAAAGCUGUUAUAUUAAAAAAGACUGAUAAUGACAGUGACAUCUGGAAAACCGUUGUUGCCCUUCCAAGAGAAAUUCAAGUGAAAUAUAGAUACUUCAUAGGUUACUUUCUGGAUCCAAAGAAUACCAGUGGUCCAUGCCAAGUCAUAGUCCACAAGUGGGAGACCCAUCCACAGCCACGAUCAAUAAGAUCCUUAGACCGUGAAGGUCUCAUUGACGAUGGAGAAUUUGGAAUUCACCAUGGCGUUGAAACUGUGGAUUCCGGAUGGCUGACAUGUCAGACUGAGCUUAGAUUACGUCUACAUUAUUCUGAAAAACAGCCUGUUACUAUAUCCAAGAAAAAAUUUAAAAAGUCUAGGUUUAGGGUGAAGUUGGCAUUGGCAGGCCUUGAAGAGGAGGAAGAAGAUGAUGAAGAACAAGAGAAAGUGUCCCCAGUUGUUCUCUUAAAAAUGGAGAACACGUUUGACAUCUCACUAAUAAGCAAUACGGAAUAUAAAUCUAGACAUUCUCAGCCAGAAUGUGGUUAUGGUCUACAGCCUGACAGGUGGACAGAAUUCAGCAUACACACCAUGGAACCAGACAACUUGGAAUUGCUUUUUGACUUUUUUGAGGAAGAUCUCAGUGAACCUGUAGUUCAAGGUGAUCCACUCCCAGGACAUGUGGGCACCGCCUGUCUCCUGUCCUCUACCAUCAUAGAGACUGGAAAAAGCAACGGCAUCAUCACAAUUCCUAUUAUGAGCAGGAUUGCAAGAAAAACACUUGGGAAAGUUCGAGUUGACUAUAUAAUCAUCAAGCCAAUAGAAGGUUAUAACUGUGACAUGAGAAACUCGUUCUCAAAGUACUGGAAGCCGAGAACUCCACUGGAUGUGGGUCACAGAGGAGCCGGAAACUCAACCACCACUGCAAAGCUUGCCAAAGUUCGAGAGAACACCGUUGCUUCACUUAAAAAUGCUGCCAGUCAUGGGGCAGCAUUUGUGGAGUUUGAUGUCCACCUCUCCAAAGAUCUUAUCCCUGUAAUAUACCAUGACCUCACUUGCUGCAUAUCGAUGAAGAAGAAAGCAAAUGCCAGCUCUGUGGAGCUAUUUGAGAUUCCAGUGAAGGAGCUUACAUUUGAUCAGCUACAGCUAUUAAGUCUUGCUCACGUGACGGCACUAAAGUUAAAAGACUGUUACGAUGUUUGUGACGAAGAGUCCGUUUCAGACAACCAUCCUUUUCCCUCUCUUCACACGGUUUUGGAAUCUGUUCCUGAAGAUGUUGGGUUCAAUAUUGAAAUCAAAUGGAUUUGCCAAGAAAAAUGUGGUAAAUGGGAUGGCAAUUUGUCAGCCUAUUUUGACAUGAACCUGUUUCUGGACAUCAUUUUAAAAACCAUUUUGGAAAAUGCUGGUCGUAGAAGGAUUGUGUUUUCAUCAUUUGAUGCAGAUAUUUGCACAAUGGUUCGUCUGAAACAGAAUAGAUAUCCGAUACUAUUUCUGACACAAGGGCAGUCUGAAAUAUACCCAGAGCUUAUGGAUCUCAGAUCUCGUUCAACACCAAUUGCAAUGAGUUUUGCUCAGUUUGAAAACCUCCUGGGGAUAAGUGUGCACACAGAAGAUCUACUGAAAAACCCACAUUACAUCAAGGAGGCAAAAUCUAAAGGCUUAGUUGUGUUUUGCUGGGGAGACGAUACAAAUGAUCCAGAAAACAGGAAACUAAUGAGAGAAUACGGCAUUGACGGAUUAAUUUAUGACAGGAUAUACGACUGGAACCCUGAACAACCAAACAUAUUUCAGGUAGAACAGAUGGAACGUCUGAAGAGAGAGCUGCCUGAGGAUAUGCUCAAGAGUUGUCUCUGCCCAGUUCUGACAAGCCAUUAUGUCUGCAAUUCUGUCGUCUGUGUUAAUAACAAAUUCCACAUGGACACAAACGGUGUCUCCAAUGGUGUCUCCAAUGGUGUCUCCAAUCAUCAGCCAGCUUAAGGCUAUUUAAAGCUUCACGAGCGUCUCAGGGCUGCACACUGCUUAAACCUUCAUCAGUUCUUCUAAAGCAAUAACCAACCUGUUUUUGUUUGAGUACAGAACUAGCUUGCAUCCUAACAUUGGUUGGUCUUUUUAUUUAUAUUUAUAUAUAUAUAUACAUAUAUUUUUUUUUUUUUGGCCAGACAUGGUUAUCAUUCCAGGAUACUGAACAAAAUUACAUGUUGUGAUGAGAAUUAGGAGAUUAAAUACACAUAGCUGACGGCAGAAUCAUGUAAUACAGAUUUUGUGUAGAUUAAAAAAAAAAAAAAUGCUAUAUGCGACCACAAUACCUCAAAAGAGAAGUGUUAAUUUCUAUCCUUAAGUGCAAUAUAUACACAAGCAGCUGGACUCUAUAACACACAUGUCCAUCAUUGUAUCAUUGUACUGUAAGCAUAAUUAUUUCUGGCCAUUUACAGAUUACCUCAUAUGCAGUCUUUUGCACGGCAGAAUGCGCUGGUGCACAAAUGUGCCAUUGUUUGAGAAUUUUACAUUUUAGUAUUUUGGUGCCAUGCUCCCAUAGCUUCUUGUAUCAUGUUGUGUGCUCUUGGUCUGUGUUGUAAAUAGACAUGAGUUUUAUCCACAUCUUGUGUGUGCGGUUUCCCCAAUCAGCCAGUUUCGUUUUGUACUACAGAUGAGGUUGCUUGGAGCCUCCUAGCAUGAGCAGACCACACUGCCUGCUUUGCAGUUAUUCAAUUCUGCUUACCUUUCACAUUAGUCCAUGUUAACGGGCCUUUGGUAUUUGCGGCCCUCCUCUUACAAUGCAGCUAAAUGCAAGAAACAAAUCUUUAAUGCUAAAAAAUAUAUAUUCUUUUUAGUGGCUAAGUAUUGAAAUAUUUCUUUUAAUAAAUAUAAAAUGUUUGGUCUUAAAAUACUUGGCAACCUUUAUAUAAAAAAAAAAAAAUGUAUUAUCAAGUUUAUGCAUAAAAUAUAGAGCCUAAUUUACACCGGAGUAUACAAUACUUAAUUUUCCUGCUGACUGGAUGGCAAAAUCUUCAGAAUGAAUACUUCUCACGGUGCCUAAGGAAACCUACAAAAAGCCAAUAUCUAUGUAUACAUGUGCAUACAUUUGCUAAUUUUUUUUCUGUAAUGUUAUCCCAUAUUCAAUAAUAUGCAAGUCACUGUAGCUUGUGGAGCAGUGGCCUACCUUAAUGUACAGUAUGCUGUAUUCAGCUCUUGGAAGCAUGCUAAUAGUUCUAGCUAUUUAGUAUGAUUUUCUGGAUUAUGAACCAUCUUUUUUUUUAUUGUAAUAUCUUCAGAGCAACUGGAAUGUAGUCUUGUGCUCUGUUCUACCACGUUAAUGAUGUCUGUUUAUCUUUUCAUCUACAUUGAAAGUAAUUAAUGACCAUUCACUAUUCUUAAUCUCAUACACGCGUAUGUAUAUAAGUGAUGAGCUGUAUUUAUUUUUUUCUUAAUUUCUUGCGUCUGUUCGUAGGGAGGAUAUUUGCCUGAUGGCAAAAGGCAGAGAAUCCUGUUGACUAUGGUCAACACACUCCACAGUUUUCUACCAAUGCAUCCUCCUUCUCCCUCUACCUUUCCACACAAUUUACAUUGAAUAAUUGCUGAUCAGGACUGAGAACACUGGAAUGUUAUAACCCAGUGGGGUGACCAUAAAGAGCCUUUAAUUUAUGAUGUGGAACGUAUGAUAGAACUCCGAUGCUGGGUAACAGGGCUACAACCCCACCUGCACUUAAAAGGGGUGAGGGAUUUAUACGGCUGUUUUCUGAUUUCAAGAAAGAGGGGUUGCUGUUGCUGUAAGGUCACUAUAUUCAUAACUUGGUGCUUGAAAAAUCAUGUAUUAAAUUAUUGCAGACAAGAUGGCGUUAUUAACCAUUAACCUGUGUAUAUGCAUGUCUCACAUGUAAUGUUUUCACUUUUAAUAGAGGAAUGUGUAAGUUGUUACUUUCUACUUGAA